AUGCUGGUUGCGCAGCCCGCGGUGGCCGAACUGGAUCUUGCUCCACUGCCGGAUGAAUUAUGGAGUGCGACCUACGCAGGACAUCUGGCUAAUCGGGCAGGUUUCGGCGCAGGGCUGACUGAGCGUGAUGCCCUGGGUCGUUUAACACCAGGCCAGGCCGUGCAACGUUUUGUGCAGGGGCUGGACAUUAAUCCUCUGCAGCCGUUUGAAGCCUCCGACAUUUUUGAUCCGGGUCUCGACCCAUUUCCACCCAGCCGUCCUGCAGCCACAACGCUGGCGAAAAGUCAGGGCCAUGCAUUAGGCGUGAAGGUGAAACCCUCGGGUAACCGCCCUUUGCAGCCGGUGGUUGACCGGUUCUUCUACUGGCUGCGUGCCAGUUAUCUGGAAACUGAUCGGGUCGCCUACUGGUGGGCCAAUCGCAUGCUGACCACGGCACAUCCCCUGCAGGAAAAGGUGGCACUUUUCUGGCACGGACACUUUGCCACGAACGAAGAUAAGGUAAGAGACUAUCGGAAAAUGCUGCAGCAGCUGCAGUUGCUGCAGGAGUAUGGUCUUGGCGAUUUCAGAACGCUGCUGAUCGGCAUAGCGCAAAACCCGGCAAUGCUGGCGUUUCUUGAUGCAGGCGUGAACACAAAAGACUCACCUAAUGAGAACUUUGCUCGUGAAAUUCUUGAACUGUUCACUAUGGGGGUUGGUCACUACAGCGAGCGUGACGUGCAGGAAGCGGCACGGGCCUUUACAGGCUGGCACUUUGACGGUCUUGAAUUUGUCGUGAACACCCAGCAUCAGGAUCUUGGCGCGAAACAGUUUUUGGGUCAGGAGGGCCCUUUUGACGGGAUUGCGAUUAUCGAUAUUGUCCUUGAUCAGGCACAAACAGCAAACUACAUUGCGGCCAAGCUGUAUCGUUACUUUGUGAAUCAGGAUCUGGCCGUUGAAAAUAAGCCCCAGCUCGGGCAGCUGUUGGUGAGUGUGGAUUACAAUAUUGCGGAGUAUCUGGCGGUACUGUUUCGUUCCAACGAUUUCUAUCAACCUCAAAAUGUCGGCUCGCGGAUUAAGGGUCCGGUUGAACUUAUGGUGUCGACUUAUCGGCAUCUGGGUUUACAGGCAGUGCCCGGCGUGCCGGAUUUCAACCAGCAGAGUCAGGCGUUAGGGCAGCGGCUGCUGCAUCCACCAACUGUCGCUGGCUGGUCCCAUGGUCGGAGCUGGAUCACGCCCAGCCUGCUGUUCGAGCGUGCAAAUUUUAUUCUGGACGUACUUUUUCCGGAUCUCGGAUUUGUUGCGCCGGACCGUUAUCCCGUGUUUACGCCGGAGAUCGUUAACGUACAGGCCCGCCUGCGCCAGGGCAUGAGUGUCAGUGAGGCCACCAAACCAACAGGUGUUGCAGGCGGUGCGGACGAAAUGGCAGCCUCCAACCUCCUGGCGGAUCGUGAUGAAGACUUUAAUACCCGCCUGGGUAGUAUGCGUGGCUGGCAGAUGGCGUUGGAACGUGUAAAGCCGAUUGAGCGGGCGCCGGCAAGAAUUGAUCUGACAAAUAUGGUGCUUGCUGCUGAAUGCACAACACCGCUUCAUGUGAUCAACUAUUUUGAGCGUCUGUUUUUUGCAGUGCCGUUGCCACCGGAGGUCAAAGUACAGCUCGCCAAACAGCUGCGCACGGGUUUGGGCACCACUGAUCUGGUGCAGGCGCAGACAUACAUGGAAACGGCUUUACGCACUUUGUUACACGAGAUGUUGAGUCUGCCGCAAUAUCAAUUGGCUGGCGCCACCCUGGCGGGCUUAAGCAGUCUGCCUAAACUGAGUGCAUCGACAACGCUUGCGUCAGAUGCACCUGUACUGGUUGUUGUGGAGCUCUCGGGUGGCAAUGACGGGCUGAACAGUAUUGUACCGUUUGCAGAUGAUGCUUAUUACCGCCAUCGCCCGAACCUGGGGAUACAACAAUCUGAUCUGCUGGCCCUGGACGAUCACUAUGGCUUCAACCCAGGCAUGCUUGGACUGCAGAGGUUGUGGCAGCAGGACCAGCUGGCCAUUGUGCAUGGUUGUGGUUAUCCCCAGCCAUCCUAUUCUCAUUUCACUUCCAUGGCGUAUUGGCACACGGGUGUACCCCAUCGGGGCAGUGAGUUCGGUUGGCUCGGACGCGUCGCUGAUCAAAUGGUGGCGACCCGCCGUGAUGACAUGUUGGUAAACGUUGCCGCAACGGCCUCGCUGGCAGUCAAGAGUAAGGUGCAUACACCGGUGGUGUUUGACGACCCCAAUCGAUUCUGGCGCAAUGGCUGGCUCGAUGGCGUGCCCUCUAUUGCGGUGGAUUCAAGCAGCACGGAAGAGGAAGUGAAAAGCCCAAACGCGGCUUAUCUGCAAGCGGUUAACCGCAGUGCACAACAGUCUUCUGCGCGUAUCAGACAAGCCUGGAACGACUACAACACCCCGGUUGAUUAUGGCAUUGCGCCGAUGGAUUUACCCAAGGUGGCGGCGUGUAUUCAGGCAGGAUUAGAUACACAGAUCUAUCAUGUGGCAUUUCGUAAUAACGCCUUUGAUACCCACGUGGCACAACCUGCACUGCACCGGCGUUUGCUGAGUUAUGCCUGUGACGGAAUUUAUGGGUUUAUAAGGGAUCUCGAGCGGCUGCAGCAGGCGCAUCGGGUGGUUGUACUGGUGCAUUCAGAAUUCGGUCGCCGGGUACCGGAAAAUGCAAAUCAGGGUACUGAUCAUGGGACGGCCAACACCAUGUUCCUGGUGGGUGCGCCAGUGGCGGGUGGCCACUAUGGGGAGCCUGUAGAUCUGGUGAAUCUGGUGGAGGGUGACAACCUGGCGCACACCACAGACUUUCGCCAGGUAUACGCCACGGUGAUGGAACGCUGGCUUGGUGCCCGGCAUUAUGCCCUGGGUGUGUUGGUGGUGGUGUACACCUUCAACUUUAUUGAUCGCCAGAUUCUGUCGAUCCUGUUGGAACCCAUCAAGGCUGAUCUAGGCUUGUCGGAUACCCAACUGGGUCUGCUCACCGGGUUUGCGUUUGCCCUGUUUUACGCCACCAUGGGUAUUCCCAUCGCACGUUAUGCGGAUAAAAAUAAUCGCCGCAAUCUGAUUGCGCUGUCGCUGACCAUCUGGAGUGGUUUCACAGCCGUUUCGGGUCUCGCGCAGAAUUUCUGGCACCUGUUGAUUGCGCGUAUUGGCGUCGGCGUGGGUGAGGCGGGUUGUAGUCCACCGGCACAUUCACUGAUUUCCGACUACUUUCCGGCAGAGAAACGCGCUACUGCAUUGGGGAUAUAUUCUCUAGGUAUUCCAGUAGGCAUUCUGUUUGGCUUUAUCGCCGGUGGCUGGCUGAACGAGUUUUUUGGCUGGCGCGUAGCGUUUUUUGUCGUUGGCGUUCCGGGGAUCAUAUUGGCUCUGGUGGUGCGCUACUCCCUGCGUGAACCCACCCGCGGCAUGGCAGAAGGUCGAGUUGAUACCGGUCAGCAACCUACCACCAAAGAAACCUUCAAGUUGCUCUGGAGUAAGCGAUCAUUCCGCCAUCUUGCAUUUGGUGCCGCAUUGACCGCCUUUGUUGGUUACGGUCUGGUCACCUGGGUGCCUUCGUUCCUUAUCCGUUCUCACGGUAUGACAACCGGCGAAGCGGGCACAUGGUUAGGUCUUAUUCUGGGUAUACCCGGCGGUAUUGGUAUCGCCCUAGGUGGUUGGAUGGCUGAUCGCUACGGUUCAAAAGACACCCGCUGGUACUUGUGGGUGGUUUCUGUUGCUCUGUUACUCGGCACCCCUUUCGCGUUUGGUGUUUUCCUGUCUGACUCUGUCGUCUGGUGUCUGCUCUUUCUGAUCAUGCCGGUCCUGUUAGGUAACUUUUACCAGGCCACAACAUUUUCUCAGACACAGGGCCUGGUAGAACUGCGAAUGCGCGCAGUAGCCGCAGCAGUGCUUCUGUUCAUUAUUAACAUUAUCGGAUUGGGCGCAGGCCCUCAGGCAGUGGGCAUUGUCAGUGAUCUGCUCAAUGAUCGUUUUGGUCAGGAGUCCCUGCGCUAUAGCCUGUUGAUUUUCUCUUUUGUGAAUAUCUGGGCAGCAUUCCAUUACUACAAAGCCGGCCAGUACCUUAAAGCUGAUCUGGUGCAGGAAUAA